AUGAGCAGACGACUCGGCCUAACCGCCAACGCACCGGGGUUGCUUAAGACCGUGGGCAACCGUCCACGAAAGACGCCGACAGAGCCCAUCGACGACGAUGCCCCGCCGCUGUCCACUGACGACGAGGACGAGGACGCGUUCAGCGAGGGGACGGUCCAGGCGGCAUCGGCCAGUGACCGAGCCGCCUCCUUCAAACGCAAGGCACCCCCAAGCCGAUUCCGUCGGCCGCUCCCGCCGCUGCCCGACCGCGACAUUGACACCUCCUCGGACGAAAGAGCGCGGCGGGCCGCCAUCAAGCCGACGACGUUCGGGUCGAAGAAGCAACCAGACGCAGAGGCUGUGAAGAAGCGGAGGAGGGUGUCGAAGAGUCCCGAGCCUGAACGGCCGCCGGUUGAGGAACGGUUGAAGCCGGGCAGCCAUCUGAUGGACAAAUACGGCUUCAUAGGCAAAAGGCCAGCAAGGUCAACCUAUGGAAAGUCACGAAGCUCACAGAGUAGCCAGCCAGGCUCGUCACAGGGUAGCUCGAAAGGCGCCAAAACGCUUCGCGUUCGCAGUCCAAUAGAGAGUCCGCAAAAAAGGAAGAAGGGUUCCAAAUUUAUUGUGCCUGAUAAGAAUUUUCAGUCGUCCCCUUGCGGCUCCCCCAAGAAGCUGCUGACCAAAUUGCACGGCGAUUCCGAGAGUGAAGGCGACGACAGCAUUCUCUCGUUCUUGAAGUCCACGAAAGCCACCCAAAAGGGCAAAAACGGCAAAACAAAGACCCCCGGGUCGUCGCCGCCGCCGCCACGAGCGGUGUUCAAGCUUCCAGAAAACUUUCUCGACCGGUCACCGGGCAGGGAACCACGGCCCGCCACCGACGGUGCCGACGAUUUGUCGAAGCUCUCCUCCGACGAGGAAGAGGAAGCACCUGCCGCUGACGAGGAGGGCGGCGACCGGCCACGGCUCAAAAUCCCCGCCACCAUCCCCGACUCCUCCCCGCUGUCACCACCACCACCCGCUUCCGCCCAGUGCCCCUGGUGCGGCGACGAGGUCGAGCGCGCCCUCCUCGACGACUUCGCGCAGGGCCGCCGCCUCGACGUCCGCCGACAAAGGCGCUUCUGCGCACUGCACAAGCGCGCCGCCGCCCUGCACACCUGGCGCGACCGCGGAUACCCCGAGAUCGCCUGGGACGCCCUCGAGCCGCGCUUCGCCGCGCACGCCGCGCACCUGCAGGCCGUCCUCGACGGCGCGCGACCCUCACCCUACCACGACGCCUACGCCGCCAGCCGCCGCCGGACCGCCCGCGGCGAGGAGGACAACCUCAACCCGGGGUACUACGGCCCGCGCGGGCUCGUCGCCAUGGGCGACUACCUGGUGGCCGAGUUUGGCGACGCGCUGAAGAGGCGCGCAGUGGGCGACGGCGGCGUCAUCGCGGGCAAGGGCGCGGCCGCGUUCGUGCAGGCCGUGCUGGUCGCGGAGCUGGGCGUGCGGCUCAUCAUGGAGGACCUCGGCGUGGACGAGGAGGAGGCGAGGCGCGUGCUGGAGGAGAGCAAGGCGCUGGGGGAGCUGGUACAGCCAGAAGUCUGA